AAAAUAUUUUGAAGUAUUCACUAUUCAAAACUAUAUCCUAAGUCAAGUCAAGUGAAGUAUUAUUCCCAACUCAAUAAUAAUUUUGUAUAUUUUGGAUAUAAUUAAUUAAUUAAUAUAACACGUACCAAAACAUGGAUAAAAUACAACUAAAAGACCUGGAUAUUAGUCUGGUGGACAACAAACGGAACUACAUAUCGGGCGACACAGUGUAUGGUACGGUGAGCUUCACAGUAACCGGUGGGCAAAUGGAGGUGUCCUGGGUGAGAAUCUCGCUAAUGUGCCAGGCUAAAACAAGCUGGGUUGAAAAUCCUGAUCUACGUCAUCACAGGGAAGACCAUACUUAUAGCGACCUAAAGACUUACAUUCACUUUAUCUAUAGAAUUCCCGAUCAAUUAACUAUCGAUGAGACGACUGUGGAUGAGGUGCAGACCGUUAAGACAGGGAUCACAGUACAGGCUCCCAUGCGAAACAAUUUGCACGUGUCGGUUGGCGGCAAUGUUGAAAAGGAGUUCACGUUUGCCAGCGAAGGAAUUGGAUCAAUCAGAAUGCACGCUAGUGUCAUGAGAAAAGGGUUUGAAUCAGGACACCCUCUAGAAGUGGACUGCUUUAUAUGGAACGAGUCGAGUCUGGACGUGAAACCCCGGGUCACUCUAUACCAGACACAGGUCUAUAUAUGUGGCGAACGGCAUAAAGCUGUGGAUGUGGCCCUUACGGAAGCCCUCGUGGGUCAGGUGGUUAAGGGUAGUGCUAAGUGUAGGGAAUUAUUUUCACUGGUUAUUCCCGACGGCCUGCCCCUGUCGUUCAAAAGUGGUUUGAUUUCAGUGAAAUACUUUGCGCAUUUGACCCUGGACAUCCCAUACGCCUUUGAUCUGCACAUAAACUUACCGAUUGUUAUCACCACAAAAGGGGCGCUCGAAGCUAUUUGAACUUGUUAAAUAUAUAUCAUUUAACUUUAUAUUAUAUACAUUAUUUUGCUUGUCAUUUUAAUUUCGAUAAUUUAUUUUUCAUUAUACUCUACACUAUUUCCUGUUUACUAAUUAAAACACUUUAUAUUGUUUAAAAUGAAUGGUUUAUAUAAAAUACUGUUCUUGCAC